AUGAUUCGUUUAUCUUUGAUGUGUUUAACUUUCAUUAGCUUAACAAUUGCCAGAAAGAGUGAAACUUUUGAUGCUCCAUUUAUAAUCGACAAAAAUGGUUCCAUGAUGUUAACGAUUAAUGGAUAUAAUUAUACUUUAAAUGAGAAAUUGAAUUUAACAGUAAUAGAUGAUAUAUGCCAAACCAAUAUCGACUUUUCGAGACCAAAUGAAAAAGAGAAAAAUGAAAGAAAAGGAAUUCGUUUAAUGCAAGUGGUAUGUGAAACGGAGAUUGAAGAUGAUGAAAGUACAGAAAGCGUACAAGCAACGAAUACAACACUGAAGAAAAAAUGAUUUCUUUUCUGAGAUGAAAAUUAUCAUUCAAUUACUG